CUGUUUGGGAUACCACCAUUACGCAAACACUACAGACACAGAAACCCUACAGACGGCCCAUAUUGAGGGUUAUCUUGAUCAUUCUUCAUUUGGUUGUACAUGUACACAUAUCUACUUGGAUUUAUUCAUUCUCUCGAAACAUGGAUAUUUUACCUACAACACCUACGACACCGCGAACUCCCAGGACACCAGGAAGUGCCCGGAAACGCCGGGUAAUAUUAUAUUUAGGAAAAUAUUUAUAUACGAUAUAUACCAAUUUAAUAAGAAGUUUUAAAAAGCAAAGGUUUAGAAAUGGGCUAAACCUGUCAUUUGCAAUACAUAAAUAUGACCAAGUUUGAAGGUUUACGGGAAAUAGAAAUGCGGUAUGCAUGUAGGUAGAAAUUUAAUUUUUUUUGUUGUUGUUGCACAAAUCAAGACACUAAGCAUAAUUUGUAAUAACCUGAGAAAUAUCCUGUGUAUAUCAUAAAAAUAUACACAACAACCGAUCUCUUGGCCAGGUAAAUUCCAGGUAAAUAACAUUGACCAUGGAUAAGCUCCGCCCACAUUCAGUCAUCCGUGGAGCAACCGUACGGUGAUUUUUUGGGGUCUUUAACAUCGAUGCCAGCAAAUGAAAACACUUCUAUUAAUAGCAAUGCAAACAGUACUUCAUUUGGAUCAUUGUUGAAAGACACAGCAAAUAGGAAGAACAACAUCUUUGACUUAAUAACUGGCAAUUCUCUUGUUAGAGAAAACAACGCAUGUCCACCCGGAACGUAUGGAUUCGAUUGUCAAUCACAACGUCCAAUGGAGUGUAGCAGUGUUUGUGACCACACGACUGGAAAGGUUUUCAUCCAUAAAGUAUGUCCAGCAGGGUACACUGGCCUAAACUGCAGUGACAUCUGUCUACCUGGGUUGUAUGGGGUGGAAUGCCAAACAAAAUGCCCAUUAGAGUGUAGCGUAACCUGUGACCAUACAACUGGAAAAUGUCCUGACCAAAGAGAAAAUCCUUUGACAUCGACGCUAGGAGGGGAAGAUGCUUCUUAUCAUACCAGCUCUACCAAUGAUUCGUUUGAAUUGUCUUCGAAAGGUAUAGGCAAUUAUGAACAUUACUACGUGACCACUUCUACCGAAACUUCGCCAACUACGAGUCAUGGUGUGGAGAAAACCAACUACAUAUAUUCAACAAUUAUUAUUGUCAUUAUAUGUUUAGGAUCGGUGUCUGUGAUUUUGUUAUUCAUCCUUUUGAUCUUUUAUCUAAUACAAGCUUUAAGGAAAGAAGAAACGCCACAUCUAACUGACGAAAACCCACCUUCACCGGCGCACCCAUUGUAUGAAUCAAUCAAUGAAGAUUUCGUCGUGCCUUCCAUUCCAGUGUGAUCAGUUGAAUAAUACCAAUGCUGACUGAAUAAUUGGUGGAAUAUAAUGAUAUCAUGCAAAAAUUGUUAUAAUUCCUACUCCUUUUCAACUGUCAAGGAUAGAUACACACUCGCUUUCUAUAAGAAAGUUAUGCAAGAGAGUUAUUCAACAUGCAUCUGCAAUGUACAAAUGCAAGAACAUUUAACUACAUUUUAUGUCUCUGAUGACAUUUUAUGAUUAUUACUUUCUGAAGACUAAACGUAGAUAUCUAUGAUUAACGUGACAUUAAUUUCUUGAAGGUUAGUUUUCAUUUUACCUAUGUUAUUUUUUUCUCGAUGAAAUAGUUUCUUAUCAAGUUAUCUUAUUCACCUGUCAGGUGAAUAUUAUUGAUACAAAAUGGUUCUAGAGUCUGUAGACAAUGUAAAGAACACAGUCCACUGACAAGUUGAAAUAUAUCUGUGGUGCAGUAGGCUCAUUGCGGACUGUCACAAGGAAUACAAAAUCCACGUCUGACACCAAUAAUCCGAUGACAGGUUGUAUUGAUAAACUACAUCGUUAUAAAUACCAUAUGAUAAGUGAAUUGCUUACUUUCAACAAGACUGUUAAAAUCCCUGUAACAUCGACAUGUUGAACAGUAGUUUGCGUCAACUUAAAAACUUAUAAUACCCAGAGAAAGCGCUUGCAUAUCGAAUUAGUUGAGAGAUAUAAACACCAUAUGCAGGUGAUAGUGGAAUAUUGCUACACAAAUAUGGGACGUUAAUGAUGGAGAAGGCGAAAUCAUCCCCUUUAAAGUUGAGAUGUUGGUUUGCCGUUAACAUCCAUUUUUAAUAAAAUAUCUAAUUAUAAAGAAAAUUUGGAAGACUAUGUUACAUCUUUUAUUUCUAGUUCACUGGGAUAUAUUAAAUCGACAUAUGAAUUAAAAUGAUUGCUUUUAAUAAAUAUAACAUCGUCAACAUAUCUAAAUGUCGAGCUGAAGAUCACAGCAAGAAACGUGAUAUAUUCAGUUGCAAAUCAACAUAUUGUAUCUGCUUUGUCUUUCGAUAUAAAUCAGACCAAAUAUACCUGGUAUAUACCAUACUAUUUAGUGUCAGUAAAUGAGAAUAGAAAAACAUCGAUUGUAUUUACAUGAAAAAGAAAGCUAUACGGAAAUGAGUAUUUCCCAGAUAAAGGUCAAUUCCAAUUCAUUCCCAAACACCCAUAAUAUAUAUUGACAAUGGCAAUUGUUUUAGAGUGGUCCGUUCAGAACACAUUUUUGAAGUAUAACAAAAGUAGACCAGGUGCAAGUUAAUUCGCUUUCAGAUUAUUGGUCUAUCAUAUGUCAUCUCAUUUCCCCUGACAAUAAAUGGAUCGAAGGGCGGAAUUCAUCACAUUUGAUGCAUUUAUCUGAAAAUACCACAUCCAUUGACACUUUUAACCAGCAUCACCCGAGAAAAGAAUAUGAUUGUCAUGAUAAAUCAAUCUGUAAAAGUCCGAUGUCGAAAUACGUCCGGGUUGUUUCCUUUUGGAGAACUCUCGCACACAGUAAGGCGCAAAACAAGUUGUUUGCAUGCAGGAGUGUGACAAAUAGUCAUCACUGCAUAACUGAAUGUACUCAGUAGGCUUCACCUACGCUGUUUCACCACCUGAAUUCAACUGAUACACAAACUAAGUAAAUGAUAAAUAUUCAGGGAGUAAUUAGAUACAUGGGAUUCUUUCU